GAAAUGCUGGGCUCCAUGUCAGGCUAGAGGAAGCAAAACUUCAAAGAGGCCCAGGAUAACAAAAUGGCAAGGAUGGGACCUCCUGGAUCAAAUCAUUACCAGACUGAGCCUCCAGUCCUCCAGUAACCUGCAUAGAGGAGAGCAUUCAGUAUCAGCCUGAGCAGCUAGCUUGGGCCCUUACCACUAGGGCCUCUCUCUAGAGAAUGGACCUGAACCACCCUUCUGAGUGUUCUCCAUGCUCAGUGUUGCCCCACUCCCCACAUCUCCAUGAGUAGUGACUGUUAGGCGCUCGCCCACUCAGGACACGCGGAUCCUGUGCUGCCUGAGCCCAGCAGUACCAAACCACGCCCACUCGCUCCAGCCCAGGGCAAUCAGGCGUCUGUCUGUCUGCCUGCCUUGAGCGAGCUAGCGAGCGGAGCGCAGUCUUUGCCCGUUGCUCUGGCCACAGCCCCACCCAUCCAGACUCGUUGUCUUGGAGAGAGACUCGCGCAGAUCCUGCAGUUGCUGGUCAACUGUGUCUGGUGAGUGGCGAUUCUCAGGGCGAGGCCCACAGAGUCCUGUCUCAUCUUGCCUCUCACUCAAGGACUCCAGAACCACCAGGAUGUCAAAUGAGCCGAGUGCUACGGGGACCUCACCUAGGACAGCACGUCCUGGUACCCAAAAGUCAUCCGGUGCGGUAACCAAGAAGGGGGAGCGGGCUGCUAAGGAGAAGCCAGCAACUGCCCUGCCUCCAGUGGGUGAGGAGGAGCCAAAAAACCCCGAGGAAUACCAGUGCUCCGGGAUCCUGGAGACAGACUUCGCAGAGCUCUGCGCACGGUCAGGCUACACGGACUUUCCCAAAGUCGUCACCCGGCCACGGCCCCAUCAGAACUUUGUCCCUUCUGCCUCCUUGUCAGAAAAACCCACCCAAGACGACCAGCGGCUGUCGGCAUCCUGUAGCCAGAACAGCCUGGAGAGCAAAUACGUGUUCUUUCGGCCCACCAUUCAGGUGGAGAUGGAGCCGGAGGACAGCAAGGCAGUGAAAGAGAUCUACAUCCGAGGUUGGAAAGUUGAGGAUCGGAUUCUGGGUAUCCUCUCCAAAUGUCUACCCUCCCUCAGCCAGCUGCAAGCCAUCAAUUUGUGGAAGGUGGGGCUGACGGAUAAGACCCUGACCACGUUCAUCGCCCUUUUGCCUCUCUGUUCCUCCACACUCAGGAAGGUAUCUCUGGAAGGGAACCCACUGCCGGAGCAGUCCUAUUACAAGCUCAUGGGACUGGACAGCACGAUCGCUCACUUGUCUCUGAGGAACAACAACAUCGAUGACCAUGGGGCGCAGCUCCUAGGCCAGGCACUGUCCACACUGCACAACAGCAACAGGACCCUUGUUUCACUGAACCUGGGAUUCAACCACAUUGGAGACGAGGGUGCAGGCUACAUUGCGGAUGGCCUGAGGCUGAAUCGCUCUCUCCUCUGGUUGUCCCUGGCACACAAUCGUAUUCAAGACAAGGGAGCACUGAAGCUGGCCGAGGUCCUGCGCCCCUUUGAGCUGACCCACAGGGAGGUGGUGGAGAGGAGGCGCCUGCUGCUGGAGAAAGGAUCGCAGGAGCGGUCACGAUCGCCUUCCUCCUCCCGACAUGGGGACUCCAAAACAGAGCGUGAGAAGUCUCAGAUGAUGGGGAUCUGCAGUGUUGCUUUGGCGGACAAGCCAGAAAAGAUGCAGACAGUGAAAACACCUAAGGGCCUGGGCAAGAAAAAGGAGAAGUCAGGGGAAGUUGUAAAGAAGGAGGAGAAGUCGGGCUCCGGGCAGUCACCCACACAAGGAACCCCUAAGAAAGAAGAUGCCACGAAGGCAGGCAAGGGGAAGGUCACCAUCCCCGAGCAGAAGAUCAACAAGGGAAAAGGGCCCAAGACGGGGAGCAAAGAGAAGCGCAGCAUCCUCCUGGAGUCCGAGCAGCUGGUUGUUGAAGCUACAGAGAUGGUCAACCCUCUCCUGGAGCCUGUGGAGCACCGAGAUGGGAAAGUUUUCAUGCCUGGGAACAAGGUCCUUUUGCACCUCAACCUCCUCCGAAACCGAAUUACAGAAGUGGGGUUGGAAGGUUUCCUUACUGCCGUGCAAUACCAGGUUCAGGUCUCCAAGCCCAAGAGUUCAUCCAAGGGUCCCUUGGGGCUGCUGUGGCUAUCCCUGGCGAAAAACUGCUUUGACCCACAGUGUCCAACAUACACCAUGAUUCAGGAACUGAUGCUGCCAAGGGACCCUGUGAAGGCCAAGGUCAGGGAGGAGGAGGCCACAGCUACCUAGGCUUCCCAUGGGAGACACCUUGGACCGAUGGCAACUGCUCCCCACCUGCCAGGGGAAGAUGCUCAGUGAUGAGAAUGAAGAAGGGGCAAGAUGGAGGUGUUACGCUGAGGGAGAAAGAGAGUGGCUCCCAUUCAUGGAAGGAAGGGGUAAGAGGUUUGAGCCCCCCCUGGAAAGCAGCAGGCAGCAGUAUUUCAAUGAUGCAUAUCAACACUGCCCCACAUGUCACCAUCCCCUAGAAACACCAACUGACCAUGGAGAAACACAAAGGAACCUGUAAAGCCAUGCAAACCUUUUCUCACCACAGUACUAGAGGAGUGGACAGGAUUGGGAAGUGGUUGCUCAGGAUGUCAGGUUAAAUACACUGGAGUGUGGGCACUGGCCAGACUUUUUUGCUUUCUUCCAGACCCGAGCAUAGGCAGAAAGCUCUGAACUGGGCCUCUACAUCUCCCAGUGAAUGUUUUUUCAAAGCUGGAGGAGUGCAGGGAUAACUUUGCUGCCCGCCACCUUGGCUGCACCGACACCACCACCAGGGAGAGGAGAGACUGAGAGAUAAGACAAGGGGAAAGGAGGGAGAGAAAGCGCGAAGGAGAGAGAUAAAGAAGUGGACAUGUCGGGGAUAACAAGAAUAAAGGAAGAAAAGAACAAAGUGAGUACAAGAUUAUAAAUGGCCCUGUCCCAGGAGCUGAAGAGAACAUUCCACAAAGUCACCUUGGAAGAGCAGGAGCAGGUCAGUUCCCAGAAGCCCAGGAGAGGCAGCCUUUGGCCAACAGAGCAGGGGGCAGCAAGGCACAAGGGACUGAUGUCAAACAAUCCUCUCAGCCUCCAGUGGCCCAGACUUGGUAUUACCAUUCUGGCCACACUCCUCAGGAGAGCCUUCCCUCCUCCAUUGCCUUCCUGGUCUAUUCAGGCCUGGCUGGAUUUGUCACAGAGCUGCCCACAGUAUCCCCAACUUGGAAUAUCCUCUCUACCACUCUGCACAUGCACUUGCUCCCAGACCACCCCCAUUUUCAAGAGUCUUCCCAGCUUUGUCUUAAGCUCCUCUGUUCUUAGCCACUUUCUGGAAUAACAGGUAUUUGCCCUCAUUUUUCUAAAACUGAAUCUCCUGGGAAAAGUGACCUCUUUCUCUCUCUCUUUCUACUCCACUCCAACUUUUUUCUUUAGAUUAUCUAAAUCAGUGAAGAAUAGCAAAAAACUUUCUUGGAGGUUGAUCUGUGCUGGCUCUAUUAUAGAAGGAAAGUGAGGAUAUACUUUGAAUUUUGUCUAAGACACACAGACAUUAACUAGCAAAUGAGGGUGUUGCUCCUUGCUUGUCUGACUUCAGGGCUCUUCAUAUCAACAUGUCUUUUCCCCCAGGUCCCAAUGCCAGUGCUCACACAGGAUCCAGGAGAAAGAUGGAAAAAGAAGUGUCUCCCUGCAAUAUUCAUCUCUACCCCAGCAAAACUGUGAAUACAAUGGACACAAAAACAUA